AUGACCAAGACUGUUGAUGAAGCUAAGGUUCUUAUUGAGAAUCUUGCAGCUAGUGAUUGUAACAACUGUCCUGAUUAUGACCGCUCAAGCCGCACCACUACUAGCUCCCCUGAUUCUUUUCAAAUGACUGAACUCAAGAACAUGAUGGCUCAAGUUCUUAAGGGACAGCUCAAGCAUAUCAAUGCAAUAGAAGGGAUGAGUGAUGCUAAUGAAGAUUCAUCAAGAGAAUGCAUGGGAGAUUUCUCUAAUGAAGCCAAUGAAGAAGAUGUGAACUACAUUGGAAACUAUGGGAACAAGGGAUACAAUCCAAGCUAUCGCCCAAACCCCAACAUGUCUUAUAGAAACCCCAAUGUGGAGAAUCCUCAAGACCAAGUGUAUCCUCCAAGGUAUCCACAACAACAAAGACCUCCUUACCAAUCUCAAGGAAGUCAAUUUCAGCCAAGGCAAGGAUAUGAGCAGAGAUCAUCAUAUCCACCCAAGGAGCCAUAUGCUUCUUCACCAAAUCAAGCUCCUCCAAACCAACAAGGUGGGAGAUUUGAAGGAAUCCUCCAACAGAUCAUGGAUGGCCAGAAGAGAAACACUAAAGAGAUGUAUGAGAAGAUGGACACUUUGUUCAGCAAUCUCAACACCAAGUAUGAUGCUGUUGCCACUCAUGUGAAGAAACUAGAGACUCAAGUCACUCAAACUAUGGAAGCUGUUAAGAGACAGGAAGCUGAAUCCAAGAAGUCCUUUUGCAACUCAGCCGCCAUAGAAGAAAGAUUUGAAGACCAAGUUCCAGAAUGGAUGCUUUCAAAACCUACUGUUGAUUGCAUGAUUUGGCCUGAAGAGAAUUACCCAGAGAGAGAGUCCAAUCGAGCUAGAAAGAGAAGACUCUUCCCAAAGAUUAUCCCCAAGACAGAUAACUCAGGAAAGUUUGCUGUGCCUUGUAUCAUCAAAGGUAACAUUCUUGAGCAAUCUUUGUGUGACACAGGAGCCAAUGUGAACAUCAUGUCUAAGAGGAUAGCUGACAAGAUAGGCCUCACCAAGAUAGAGCCAUCAUCCAUCUCCAUCAACUAUGCUGAUUCAUUCUCACAAACACCCUAA